AUGCUGUUGUUGAUAACACCAGCUAAUAAACCAUAUAAAAAUGUUAUCAAAGCAUACCCAUCUCAAUUGCUAUGUAACAAACAGAUUAACCAAACAAAACUUGUUAUACAACAAUUAGCUGAAGAUAAUUCUAGCAUUAAGGAUAUUGAUAGAGAAGAAAAGAACAAUCAAAGUGUUCACUAUGGCGAAAAUCCUAGUGAGAAGGUGGAAAUUAAAACAAAACAGAAUAAAGAUGCUUUAGUAAGUUCACUCGAUUCAUUGCAUCCUCAGCAUCACAAAUAUAAACAUCAAAUUUGUUGGAAGCAGGUUAAAGACUUGAUAAAACUGGUUCGCUCCAAAUAUAAUUGUGAUGAGAAUCAAGUUAUAAAGUGUAAGAAACAUUCUGACCAACUUGCCCAAUUUUUUUACAAGGGAAAACUCAAGAUCGGUAAUAAUGUACGUUUACUAGCAUCAUCAGACAAGAAUUCUUCACAUUUAAGCAAAAGCUCCUUUUCCAUUACACCAACAACGGAACCAACUUUUAGCAUCCUCCCAAUCUCUAUCACAACAGUACCUGUUAAACCUCUUGAGACAAUCGAUUAUACUACAAAAACAAUCUAG